GAGUGCAUUUCAUGCACAAAAACAAAUGUCAUGACAUGACGUGAACGUAACGUGGUAAAAUAGUAAAUAAGAAAUUAAAUGAAAAAAGGGAAAUGUUAUCCUCGGUUCUACUAUUUAAAUGCCAUCGGUGCCGUUAUCUAAAGUGAUACUAUAACAAAUUGUCGUUUCGAACACACAGAAAUUCAGAAUCAAAACAUGAAGUUAGUUAGCAAUAGAGUCGAUAAGGGUGGUGCGGGAUCUGUUAUACUGAUUCCGGAAGAGUCUGAAGACAUGUGGCACGCAUACAAUUUAAUAUCCGAAGGAGACAAUGUCCGUUCCACGACAAUUCGAAAAGUACAAAAUGAAACUGCCACUGGAUCAUCGAGUAGUAAUAGGAUCCGGACAACACUCAAGAUAUCCGUGGAAAACAUUGAUUUCGAUACUCAGGCCUGUGUGCUGCGCCUCAAAGGUCGAAACGUUGAGGAAAAUCAAUAUGUUAAAAUGGGUGCAUAUCAUACGCUCGAUCUGGAACUCAAUAGGAAAUUUGAAUUAUUCAAACCGGAAUGGGAUUCGAUAUCGCUGGAACGAAUAGAAAUGGCGUGUGACGUUACGCAGCAUGCCGAUUUGGGCGCUGUAAUAAUGCAAGAAGGUUUGGCCCACAUCUGCUUGAUUCAAUCCAGUAUGACAAUAGUGCGCAGCAAAAUUGACGUAAAUAUUCCACGGAAGCGUAAAGGAAAUGUGUCCCAGCACGAAAAGGGUUUAAACAAAUUCUACGAGGCCGUAAUGCAAGGCAUUAUGCGUCACAUCAAUUUUGUUGUCGUUAAAUGCGUUCUGGUCGCAUCGCCCGGAUUCGUCAAGGACCAGUUCUUCGAAUUUAUGAUCCAGCAGGCUGUCAAAUCGGACAAUAAGGUGCUCCUAGAAAACCGAAGUAAAUUCAUGCUGGUGCAUUCGUCGUCCGGAUUCAAGCAUUCGUUGAAAGAAAUCCUUCAAGAUCCGUCGGUUGUGUCGAAGAUGUCCGACACAAAGGCUGCCGGUGAGGUCAAGUCGCUGGAAACAUUUUACUCCAUCCUUCAGUCGGAACCGGCAAAAGCUUUUUAUGGUAAAAAACAUGUGAUGAAAGCUGCUGAGUCGCAAGCCAUAGAAACUCUUCUCAUUUCGGACAGCCUUUUUCGAUGUCAAAAUGUGGCCCUUCGUAAAGAGUACGUAAACCUGGUCGAAUCUGUGAGGGAUAGCGGUGGAGAAGCGAAAAUAUUUUCUAGCAUGCACAUAUCCGGUGAACAGCUGUCCCAUCUUACUGGUGUCGCAGCCAUUCUGAGAUUUCCAAUGCCCGAAUUAGAAGAUGACGAUGAUGACGACGACGACGCUGAUGAUAAGUGACUGGGAUGCUGUUCGAGUGUGUCAUUGUUUAAUCGCAAAAUGAUGAUUUUUUUCAUGAACCAUCUUCACCAUUCGCGACAUUUUGUACAUUUUGAUUUUGUUAACCCAUCCUUUUGUUUUGUUAUUUAUUUGAUUACAGAUUUCGAACAAAAUUCUACUACUGUUCAUGUUGAGAAAGCGCAGAUGUUCGUAAUGUGUCCAAUGUAAAUAAAUCGAUAAACUGUACACG